AUGGCAAAAUUCGCAGUAAAAUCUCUUGACCAUCUUGUCCUAACAGUCCGCUCCAUUCCGGAGACGGUAGCGUUCUACACGACACACUUAGGCAUGCGACACGAGGUCUUCGCCUCACCAGCCAACCCCACAAUUCAAAGACAUGCUCUCAUUUUCGGAUCCCAGAAAAUCAACCUUCACCAGUCCGGAAAAGAGUUCGAACCAAAGGCGCAAAGUGUCAUGCCCGGGAGUGCCGACCUGUGCUUUUUGACGGAUCAAAAUGUGGAGAAAGUGCUACAGGCUUUUCAAGAUGCUAAAAUGGAGGUUCUUGAAGGUGCCAAGAUUGUGGAUAGGACAGGGGCUGCAGGGAAACUGAGGAGUGUUUAUGUGAGAGAUCCGGAUGGGAAUCUUAUUGAGGUGUCCAAUUAUGUUUGA